UGGUGCGCCGAGGAGGAGGCGGAGUGACUCGGCGGCCAUUAGCUGUGUGUAGUUGUCCGGGACUAGGAGCUUAAGUGAAGAGGGAAGGCUUUACUCGGUGGAACUCACCCAUGGCCAUGGGCUCUUGCCGGAGCUAGACCUAAGAGUACAGAACAAAUAAGCUUUUUGGUUCCCCGCCCUUUUGAAAAGCGGGGCCUACUAGGCCUCCGGGCAUCCCCGGUCUCAAGUAGGCCUUGUCUGCCGGCAAGGGCGCCCCAAAGGCGGGAGGCACCAUGUCGCUGGUUGCUUACGCCAGCAGCGAUGAAAGUGAGCCGGACGAGGCUGAGCCGGAGCCGGAGGAAGGGGAGGCAGAGGCCCCUACAUCUGGGCCCACUUUAGGGGGCUUAUUCGCUUCUCUCCCUGCACCUAAGGGUCCGGCCUUGCUGCCCCCGCCCCCUCAGAUGCUGCCCCCAGCCUUCCCCCCACCGCUCCUGCUGCCCCCACCUACCGGAGACCCCAGGCUCCAGCCUCCUCCCCCGUUGCCCUUCGGCCUGGGCGGCUUCCCCCCACCUCCGGGGGUGAGCCCUGCUGAGGCUGCGGGAGUUGGGGAGGGGCUGGGAUUGGGGCUGCCCUCGCCCCGAGGCCCUGGCCUCAGCCUGCCCCCCCCUGUCGGCGGUGCCGGGCCCACCCUGGGGCUUCCCAAGCCAAAGAAGAGGACUGAGCCCGUGAAGAUCGCGGCGCCGGAGCUGCAUAAGGGGGAUUCAGAUUCUGAGGAAGAUGAACCCACAAAGAAGAAAGUUGUCCUUCAGGGAUCCGGCGAGGGGACUGGGUUGUCUGCCUUGCUUCCUCAACCUAAAAACUUGACUGUGAAAGAGACUAACAGGUUGCUCCUACCCCACGCCUUCUCCCGGAAACCUUCAGAGGGCUCCUCUGAGACCAAGCCCUCCAGACCGGCUCCCAAGACCAAGCCUUCCCCACUUGCCCCUGUCGUGGGCACUACAACCACCACUCCGUCACCCUCUGCCAUCAAGGCUGCUGCCAAGAGUGCUGCCCUGCAGGUGACAAAGCAGAUCACGCAGGAGGAGGAUGACAGUGAUGAGGAAGUAGCCCCCGAGAACUUUUUCUCCCUCCCUGACAAGGCAGAGCUACCGGGAGUCGAGCCAUACCCUUACCCUCUCCCUACUGUCCCUGAAGAGCUGCCCCCAGGCACGGAGCCGGAGCCUGCUUUCCAGGACGAUGCAGCCAAUGCCCCCCUUGAAUUCAAGAUGGCAGCAGGCUCGAGUGGGGCCCCUUGGGUGCCUAAGCCUGGGGACGACUACAGCUACAAUCAGUUUUCCACAUACGGCGAUGCCAAUGCUGCUGGUGCUUAUUAUCAGGAUUACUACAGUGGGGCCUACUAUCCUGCACAGGACCCGGCCAUGGUCCCCCCCCAGGAAAUCGCCCCUGAUGCCUCCUUCAUUGAUGACGAAGCAUUUAAGCGGCUACAGGGCAAGAGGAACCGGGGGAGGGAGGAAAUCAACUUUGUGGAGAUCAAAGGUGAUGACCAGCUCAGCGGUGCCCAGCAGUGGAUGACCAAAUCACUGACUGAGGAGAAGACCAUGAAGUCCUUCAGCAAAAAGAAAGGUGAGCAGCCUACAGGCCAGCAGCGGCGGAAACACCAGAUUACAUAUCUGAUUCAUCAGGCGAAGGAGCGGGAGCUGGAGCUGAAGAACACCUGGUCAGAGAACAAGCUCAGCCGCCGGCAGACCCAAGCCAAAUACGGAUUCUAAGGGCUCCGGAGCUGCUUACUCCCGGACCUCCUGCCAGCCCAGCUGGCCAGGCCCCCAGCUUAACCUCUGGGACCCCAGCUGCUCCAAGCCCAGGAUCUUUCCCUGAGGACCCAGCUCUCGCCUCAGCGAGAAUGAACAUAUUUGAUAGGUUUUUCUUACCACAAGUUAGAAAAUUCAGCUCCUUUCUGUCCUGGAGUUGGCAAAGGCUCAAGCCACGCCUUGAGGAAGGCAUUGGGGUCUUGGGUGGGAGUUCUGCCCCUUGAUGGGUGUGGUGAGAUGGUGACCCUUCCUCCUUUUUUUUUUUUUUUUAAACCAGGGAUGUCUGUUAAAAUAAAAUCUUGAGUCUGA